AGUUUGCGCAUCUUCCUGAAAAUUGGAAUAUAAACAAUCGUGUGAUCAGCUCUUCAAGAUAAAUUUCUAGAACCAAGCCACGCGAAAUGUCGAUAUGCUAGCUAAUCUCGGUGAACCACCAUACUUAUCGUUUCUUCGUUUCUAGACCAAAACUGCAAUUACGAGUACAACCCAGAAGCAACAACAACACUUUUGGUUCAGUAGCAAAAAUAUGGCUUAUCUAUCUCAAGGUGCAUGUCCAGUCGACUUUUAUAGCAACCUGCAGACCAAAAUGCCGACACGUGUUUUGUGAUAUCAAUCAAUGUGUGACGGAAAGUGGCUUUCAAGUGAAAGAAAUCUUCUAAACUAGUGUCUCCAAUUAUACACAAAAUUUAGAUAAUGCAUUGCGCGCCACCUGCAGACCUAUAAAAGACACCGAGCUACAAUCGAAAACCAACAGUCUCUUGCAUAGUAAAUUAAGCAACAGUUCAGCAGAAAAAAAAAUGAAAGUUUUUGCUAUUCUAUUCGUCACUUUGGCUUUGGCCGCGUCCGCUUUUGGUGAUGUGUUGAACCGUUGCUCUUUGGCUCGUGAGAUGUCCCGUUUGGGUGUGCCCAGAGAUCAAUUGGCACGUUGGGCUUGCAUCGCCGAACAUGAGAGUUCCUACCGCACUUAUGUCGUCGGUCCCACCAACUACAAUGGCUCCAACGAUUACGGUAUCUUCCAGAUCAACGAUUAUUACUGGUGUCAACCUGCCGACGGUCGCUUCUCCUACAACCAGUGCGACAUCAGUUGCGAUGAUUUGUUGACCAACGAUAUUGAACCCUCUGUGCGUUGUGCUCAAAAGGUCCUACGCAUGCAAGGUUUUUCUGCCUGGUCCACCUGGCACUACUGCGACGGUCGAUUGGACAACAUUGAUGAUUGCUUCUAAGCUGCUUUGGAUAUAGAUUUUGUUUGUUUGUGAGUAAAAAAAAAAAUAAUAAUAAAUGUGUUUAUAAAUUCAUAUUUUUAACUUUUUAAUUGUAAAUCAUUAUCUUGAUUGAAGACAUUUGGUUAAUGGGAUUGAAAGAGUGGGUUGACUUUCCCUGCCGGGGGGCGAAUGCUAUUAAACAUUUUUAUUUUUAAAUUAAUUUUCUUUUUGCUGUUUGGCGCCAAUUGGAAAUAUCAACAUGAGUCAGGUCCUUUUCUACUUGGUCUCUCUACUUGGUCUUACCAACGGAAUGGAAAUGCUCUCCUUGCUCUCGUUCUAUUGGCUGGUAUUGCAAUGCUGAAAUAUUCUUAUCCAUGCGGAUCACAUGACCCAGCCAACCCUGGUAGAACGUGAAUGAUGAGAGACUUGUAGAGUUUAGUUUUUGUUCGUCGAGAGAGGACUUAAUUUUUAGAGAGCCUACUAUAUCCAAAGUAGCACCGGUUGGCAAAUAGUGUUACUCCGUUGCUACAUCGAGAUUCCUCUCAGUCCGAGACGCUUCUUCUUGAUCCCCCAAAAAUGGAGCACAUUUUAUUGGGUCACAUCGCUUCCACUUUCACAAGUAGUGCAUGAAAUUGCAUUAAACAGAAACUAGCAACCGUUUAGGGUAACUUCAUACCAAUGCACGCACUUCAACUUGAUAACAAUUCGCUCACGUAUACCGUUAGUGGCUUCCACGAACAGUAAGCAACGCUUGUAAACGAAAAUUAACUAUCACCCCCACAGUUGUGUAUGCCUUGAGUAGAUGGCAGAGAAGAAGAACAAGCAGAAUGUACCACGUCCGCAUUUUUUAUUUCACAUUUUUUGCGAAACGCAUGCGUGGCUGCGUUUGUCGCAUGCCUCAAAUUACCAACAACUUGUAACAUUUCCUUCGUUGUCGCUAUAUUUUUUCUUUUUUUUUUUUUUGCAAUUUCACAUUGCUUUCUCCAGUUACCGUAGAAUUUUUGUCAACGAGCUUGUACCUCAUAUGUGUAAGCCCAAGUCUAUCUAAUUUCCUUUCUUUUGCUUCUUACUCCUCCAUCGCUCCUUCCUCUACUGCUUCUUUUGGGCUCAGUUGCUGAACAAUGAACAUGACGCAUUUGUUCCGUGUGGUUAAACUAACAUGAUUUCUGCUUGUCAUACCGCAAACCGCAACAAUUUGUGUACAAGCAACCACAAAUAUGAGGAGAGAGAUAGAGGAGACAGAGAGAGAGAGAGUGAGGGAGGAGGGGGAACAACAACUUGUAAUUGCAUGUCAUCAAACAAUGGAAAUAUACGUCAAUGCCAUUAUCAUUCAUGAUCUUCCAGUAUUCAAGUCUUGUCAAUUCUUGCCGAUGCCUUUGUUUAGCACAUUUAAACGCUUAAUUCUUUCUUUUAUAUUUGCUUGCCUCAAAGCUGGCCACGGAGCGAGUACAUAGAAGAUGUGCAGAUCUACUGAGUAGUAUCCACUUGGGAUAUCACUUACCUUUGCAUUUGUACUUUCUCAUAGAACAACAAUGCUCAAAUAUGAAUAUAAAUGUGUAUGUAUGUAUUAGUAUAUAGCUUUAUGUACUAGUAUGUUCUGUGUAAUUUCAAUUAUGCAAAUAAUUGCUUUAAGACAGCCAAUCUUUAAUGCAUCUAAGUGCGCUCUAAAAGUAUGCUUUAUUGCGUUUAAUUGUUUUCUAAGCAUUGUUGUUGGCAAACUUCAUAUUUUCAUCUUUUUCAAUUUCUUGGCUU